AGAAGUGCUACUCCGCAGAUACGGCAGUCGAAUGAUUGCUCCAAAUAUCUUCUGGUUAAUACUGUGAUAAGCUUGACUGAACAGGACUGCACAUACACUACUCACAAUACAUAACUCACCAUAUCGAAAGUCAAUAUAUCAAACUAUCCACCAUGCCUUCAAUAGCAGAAACAAUCAAAACGCACCGCCCAAACCUAACAUCCUACGAAGAACUCUACAAAUACUUCCACGCCAACCCCGAACUCAGCUUCCAAGAAGAAUCUACCGCUGCCUCAAUUGUCAAGCACCUGGAGUCACUCAACGUGUAUGCCAUCCACGCGUCCAUCGGCGGUCACGGCAUCGCCGCGGUGCUAAAGAAUGGGCCGGGUAAGACGCUUUUGUUGCGCGCGGACAUUGAUGCGCUGCCUGUAGAGGAGAGAACAGGCCUGGCGUAUGCGAGUACGAAGCGCAUGAAAGAUUUGGAGGGUGUGGAGAAGGGAGUCAUGCAUGCUUGUGGACAUGAUAUGCAUAUCACAGCGCUUCUUGGUGCGGCGGAGACCUUGGCGAAAGCGAAAGAUGCAUGGAGUGGGACGCUGGUGUUGGUGUUUCAACCGGCGGAGGAGAAGGCGGGUGGGGCGCAGGCGAUGGUUGAUGGUGGAUUGUAUGAUCGAGUACCUGUGCCGGAUGUUGUUGUGGGCGCGCAUGUCAUGCCUGAGAGAGCUGGAGUUAUUGGGACAAAGAGAGGGCUGAUUGCUAGUGCGGCGGAUUCGUUUCAGCUCAAGAUUGAAGGACGGCAAGCGCAUGCUUCGACACCUCACCGGGGUAUUGAUCCGAUCGUACAAGCUGCAUCCACCGUCACGAGACUUCAAACCAUCGUAGCUCGUGAAGUCGAUCCGCUAGAUUUUGCAGUGGUAACAGUAUCUGCAUUCCAUGCAGGCGAUGCAGAGAACAUCAUCCCGGAAGAGGCGAACCUGAAACUCAACAUCCGCACUGCACGACCAGAAACCCGCGACCAUGUUCUUAGGAGCGUCAGGACGAUCAUCGACGCCGAGGCCACCGCAUCCUCAAACCCUACUCAACCCGUGCUCACUCCAACAACACGCUUCCCCUUCCUCUUCAACGACGCAGACAUCACCAGUGCCUUGGAGCAGAGUUUCGCGGAGUACUUCAAGCCCGGCAAAAACAGCUAUCAAAGCGAUAUUUCGCGCCUCCAAGGCAGUGAGGAUUUCGGUAUUCUAGCCACAGCUGUGGGGAAGCCGAGCUGUUUCUUCUUGUAUGGCGGUGUCGACCCUGAGGUAUAUGACAAGGCGGAGAAGGAAGGCAAGAUGAAGGAACUGCCUGGAAAUCAUAGUCCGUUCUUUGCGCCGGUCAUUCAGCCGACGUUGACUAAGGGGAUUGAUGGAUAUGUUGUUUCUGCGCUGACAUUUCUUGGGAAGUAAUGAUGGCCAAUCUUAUUAUACCU